GUUCACUGGGCCUGCAUCAACUGUUGCAUCGCAGGUCAUUCUGUCAUAAGGAUUAGAAAGUAAUUAAAAUUUGCAGAAUGAGAAGAUGGCACAGGCCCUGCUGUCACCGCCAGGACCCAACUGCUUUUUCCGAUUCACUCCCGAGUCCCUUGCAGCGAUUGAGCAAAGGAUUGCUGAAGAAAAAGACAAACCAAAAACUGAGCAAGAGCAAAAGGAGGAGGACAGUGAUGACACCAAGCCAAAGCCAAAUAAUGACUUGGAGGCAGGAAAGUCUCUGCCCUUUAUUUAUGGAGACAUUCCUCCAGGAAUGGUGUCUGAGCCCUUGGAGGACCUUGACCCUUAUUAUGCAAAUAAGAAAACAUUUAUAGUAUUGAACAAAGGGAAGACCAUCUUCAGAUUCAGUGCCACACCUUCUUUAUACCUCUUAAGUCCUUUCAGCACACUUAGAAGAAUUUCUAUAAAGAUUUUGGUUCAUUCAUUAUUCAGCAUGUUUAUUAUGUUAACUAUUCUGACAAACUGUGUAUUUAUGACCCGGAAAGAAUCUCUUGAAUGGUUCAAGGCUGUAGAAUACACAUUCACUGCAAUUUAUACAUUUGAGUCCCUCAUAAAAAUUUUUGCAAGAGGUUUCUGUAUAGGUAGUUUUACUUUCCUUCGAGACCCCUGGAAUUGGCUUGAUUUCCUUGUAAUUUCAUUUGCGUAUAUAACAGAAUUUGUAAACCUAGGCAAUGUUUCAGCCCUUCGAACUUUCAGAGUAUUGAGAGCUUUGAAAACUAUUUCUGUAAUCCCAGGCCUGAAGACCAUUGUGGGAGCCCUCAUUCAGUCUGUGAAGAAGCUGUCAGAUGUCAUGAUCCUGACUGUUUUCUGCCUGAGUGUGUUUGCAUUAAUAGGCUUGCAGCUCUUCAUGGGCAACUUGAGACACAAAUGCUUGCUCUGGCCCCUAAGCAAUUCUUCUUACCUAGACUCACGCUUUGCAGAAUACUACAAUGGAACAGAAAUCAUUUGGUCUAAAUACAUUGAAAACAAUGAACAUUUUUACACUUUGAACACUUCAAAGGACCCUUUGCUUUGUGGUAAUGGCUCAGAUGCUGGCCAAUGCCCAGAAGGGUAUACAUGUGUAAAAGCUGGAAGAAAUCCCAACUAUGGUUAUACAAGUUUCGAUACCUUUAGUUGGGCCUUCUUGUCACUCUUUCGACUGAUGACACAGGACUACUGGGAAAAUCUUUAUCAACUGACUCUGCGUGCUGCUGGCAAGGGCUACAUGGUCUUUUUUGUGCUGGUGAUUUUUCUGGGCUCUUUCUACCUGAUCAACCUGAUCUUGGCUGUCGUUGCUAUGGCCUAUGAAGAACAGAAUCAAGCCAACAUAGAAGAAGCAGAGCGGAAGGAAGCUGAAUACCAGCAAAUGCUUGAGCAACUGAAAAGGCAACAAGAAGAAGCUCAGGCAAUAGCAGCAGCAGCAGCUUACAGAGAUUUUAGAGACGAUGGUACCCUAGGAAGACUUUCUGAAACUUCUUCAGAAUUGUCAAGAACAAACUCAAAAAGUGCUAAAGAAAGAAGGAACCGGAGGAGGAAAAGACGGCAAAGGGAGCUGUCUCUGGGAGAUGAGAAAGUAGAUGGCAAAAAAAUCCCCAAAUCUGAAUCAGAUGGCAGCAUCAAAAAGAAGGGGUUUCGAUUUUCCCUGGAAGGAAAUAGACUCACUUAUGAAACAAGGGCUCUCUCUCCAUACCAGUCAAUGCUGUUCCCCACAAGACGCAACAGCAGAGCCAGCUUUUCUAGCUUCAAAGGCCAAACCACUGAAGGGGGCUCAGAUGCUGAUAGUGAGCACAGCACAUUUGAAGACAAUGCAAGCCGCAGUGGCUCCUAUUUUGUCCUACGCAGACCUAGCGAACGGCGCAGCAGCAACAUUAGUCAAAACAUGUUCCCAGUUUUUCCUGCGAAUGGGAAGAUGCACAGCAGCGUGGAUUGCAAUGGGGUGGUUUCCUUGGUAGGAGGACCCCCAGCCCUCCUGUCACCUACAGGACAGCUUCUCCCAGAGGUGAUAAUAGAUAAAGCAACUACUGAUGACAGUAGCACUGCUUCUGAAAUAGACAGCAGGAAAAGGCGGUCAAGUUCUUUCCAGAUCUCAAUGGAUUUACUAGAAGAUCCAACCAUAAGGCAAAGAGCAAUGAGUAUUGCAAGCAUAAUCACGAACACAAUGGAAGAACUUGAAGAAUCCAGACAGAAAUGCCCACCAUGCUGGUACAAGUUCGCCCACACUUACUUGAUUUGGAACUGUUGCAGCGCUUGGCUAGAAAUAAAGAAAGUUGUUCAUUUCAUUGUGAUGGAUCCAUUUGUUGAUCUUGGCAUUACAAUCUGCAUUGUUGUAAAUACCCUAUUUAUGUCCAUGGAACAUUAUCCAAGUGAUCCCGCCUUCAUUGAUGUUCUUAAAAAUGGAAACUUGGUCUUCACUGGAAUUUUCACUGCAGAAAUGGUCCUGAAAAUCAUAGCCAUGGAUCCUUAUUAUUAUUUCCAAGAAGGCUGGAAUGUUUUCGAUAGCAUCAUUGUCAGUCUGAGUUUGAUGGAGCUGGGACUUUCAAAUAUAGAAGGAUUGUCAGUUCUAAGAUCCUUCAGACUGCUUCGUGUCUUCAAGCUGGCAAAAUCUUGGCCAACGCUAAACAUGCUGAUAAAGAUUAUUGGCAACUCUGUGGGUGCAUUGGGAAAUCUGACCUUGGUCCUGGCCAUCAUUGUCUUCAUCUUUGCCGUGGUUGGCAUGCAGUUGUUUGGCAAACAGUAUGAGGCUUGUAAGUGCAAGAUUUCAGAUGACUGUACUCUUCCACGCUGGCACAUGAAUGACUUCUACCACUCUUUCUUGAUCGUGUUCCGAGUCCUUUGUGGAGAAUGGAUAGAAACCAUGUGGGACUGCAUGGAAGUUGCAGGCCAAGCCAUGUGCCUCAUUGUAUUCAUGCUAGUGAUGGUGAUUGGAAACCUCGUGGUACUAAAUCUCUUUCUGGCUUUAUUACUGAGCUCUUUUAGUUCAGACAGCCUGGCUGCUCCUGAACAGGAAACUGAAGCCAACAAUCUCCAGAUUGCUGUGGCAAGGAUUCGAAGAGGAAUAGGUCAUGCAAAAAGAAAAAUAAUAGAAUUUGUCCGAAUUACCAUUUUGCAAAAAUGUAAAAUGUCCACCGGGGUUGAUUCAGCUGAUGAGCAAAACAACAAGCAAGAUGGGUGUGUUCCCAAUCACACUGUAGCAGAAAUCAACAAAGGUCUAGAUUACUGCAAUGAGAAAACUACUAUGAUUUACAUGGACAGCACUGAUCACAUGUCAUUCAUCAACAACCCAAAUCUCACUGUGACAGUGCCAAUAGCUGUGGGAGAGUCAGAUUUUGAACAUUUAAAUACAGAGGAACUUAGCAGUAUAUCUGAGCUUGAAGAAAGUAAAGAGAAAUUGAGCAUUUCCAGUUCCACUGAAGCUAGCACAGUUAAUCUUGCCAUACUUGGAGAAAAUAAAGAUGAACCUUCUGGAGAAGACACAUCCCAACCAAAGCCUUGUUUUACUGAAGGCUGUGUACGGAAAUUCAAAUGCUGUCAAGUCAGCAUAGAAUCUGGGAAAGGCAAGUUCUGGUGGAACCUUCGAAAAACCUGCUACAGGAUAGUGGAACACAGUUGGUUUGAAACCUUCAUUGUCUUUAUGAUUCUUCUCAGCAGUGGUGCUUUGGCUUUUGAAGACAUAUACAUUGAACAGCGCAAGACCAUCAAAAUCAUACUUGAAUAUACUGAUAAGAUUUUCACGUACAUCUUCAUACUGGAAAUGCUUCUGAAGUGGGUGUCCUAUGGCUUUCAAGUGUAUUUCACCAAUGCCUGGUGCUGGCUAGAUUUCCUCAUUGUGGAUGUUUCCAUAGUGAGUUUAAUAGCCAAUGCCUUGGAUUAUUCUGAACUCGGUCCUAUAAAAUCACUUCGGACCCUAAGAGCCUUGAGACCUCUAAGAGCCUUAUCAAGAUUUGAAGGAAUGAAGGUGGUUGUGAAUGCCUUGAUAGGAGCUAUACCAUCUAUCAUGAACGUGCUUCUUGUGUGUCUUAUAUUUUGGCUAAUUUUCAGCAUCAUGGGUGUAAAUCUGUUUGCUGGUACAUUUUAUCAUUGUGUCAAUAAAACUACUGGAGAGAUGCUGCCACAUGAAACAUUUCCAUAUAAAAAUGUUUGUGAGAGUAUGAGUGAUAUUGCCAGAUGGAAAAACGUGAAAGUAAAUUAUGAUAAUGUUGGAGCUGGAUAUCUUUCUCUACUGCAAGUUGCCACUUUUAAAGGAUGGAUGGAUAUAAUGUAUGCAGCUGUUGAUGCAACAGGGGUGGAAAAGCAGCCCAAGUAUGAGGCUAGCUGGUUUAUGUAUAUGUACUUCGUCAUCUUCAUCAUAUUUGGUUCAUUCUUCACCUUGAAUCUUUUCAUUGGUGUCAUCAUUGAUAAUUUCAACCAACAAAAAAAGAAGAUAAGAGGUCAAGACAUUUUCAUGACCGAAGAACAAAAGAAAUAUUACAAUGCCAUGAAAAAACUGGGAAAUAAGAAACCACAAAAACCUAUACCUAGGCCAAUGAAUAAAAUCCAAGGGUUUAUUUUUGAUAUUGUGACCAAGCAAGCUUUUGACAUCAGCAUCAUGAUUCUUAUCUGUCUCAAUAUGGUCACCAUGAUGGUGGAAACUGAUGAACAAGAUGAUUCUAUGAAAACUGUCUUGUACUGGAUUAAUAUGAUUUUCAUUGUCCUUUUCACUGGGGAGUUCCUCCUGAAGUUGAUUGCACUCCGUUACUAUUAUUUCACUAUUGGUUGGAAUAUAUUUGAUUUUGUGGUUGUCAUACUCUCCAUUAUCGGUAUGUUCCUAGCAGAGGUAAUUGAGAAAUACUUUGUGUCCCCCACCUUGUUCCGAGUGAUCCGACUUGCCAGGAUAGGCCGGAUCCUGCGUCUAAUCAAGGGUGCUAAAGGGAUCCGCACUCUGCUUUUUGCCUUGAUGAUGUCUCUUCCUGCCUUGUUUAACAUUGGCCUCCUCCUUUUCCUCGUCAUGUUCAUCUACGCUAUAUUUGGAAUGUCCCAAUUUGCCUAUGUUAAAAAAGAAGUUGGGAUUGAUGACAUGUUCAACUUUGAAACUUUUCCUAACAGCAUGCUCUGCCUUUUUCAAAUUACUACCUCUGCUGGCUGGGCAGAAUUGCUAUCGCCCAUUCUCAACAGUGGGCCACCAGACUGUGAUCCUAAUAUAGUCAACCCAGGGAGUUCAGUCAAAGGAAACUGUGGCAAUCCUUCUGUUGGGAUUUUCUUCUUUGUCAGUUACAUCAUCAUAUCUUUCUUAGUGGUUGUAAACAUGUAUAUUGCUGUCAUUCUGGAGAAUUUCAGUGUUGCAACGGAAGAAAGUGCUGAGCCUUUAGAUGAGGAUGAUUUUGAGAUGUUCUAUGAGGUCUGGGAAAAGUUUGAUCCAGAUGCAACCCAGUUCAUAGAAUACCACCAACUCUUUGAUUUUGCUGCUUCUCUUGAGCCUCCUCUUGUAAUACCAAAACCAAACCAUUUUCAGCUUAUUGCGAUGGAUCUGCCCAUGGUAAGUGGGGACAGGAUUCACUGCCUCGACAUCUUGUUUGCCUUUACAAAGCGUGUUUUGGGUGAAAGUGAUGAAAUGGAUGCCCUCCGUGUUCAAAUGGAAGAGCGGUUUAUGACUGCCAAUCCAUCAAAAGUCUCCUAUGAACCAAUUACCACUACAAUGAAAAGGAAAUUAGAGGAGGACUCUGUCAAGGUAAUUCAAAGAGCAUUCAGGCGGUACCGCUUCAGAAAACCAGUACGUGAUGCAACAUUCAUAUACAAGAAAAAUGAUGACUUUCCUGGCCAAAAUGAUAUGAUUACUGAUAAAUUUAGUUUGAACUUAGCUUUGGGAAGGGCGGACCGGAGCUCCUCCUCCACAACAUCACCUCCUUCAUAUGACAGUGUGACAAAGCCAGACAAAUAUGAACAAGAAAAGUCAGAAAAAGAACAGAAAGAUAAAGAUGCUAAGGACAGCAGAAAGUGAAAUAAAUAAUACAGCCCAUAGCAAUUUGUUUACAGCAUAAGGAAGAAACACUGCAACCAACAGGAGCUGCGUGGAACAUUUAUGCCAAACUAAUAAUUUCUACAAUAAUCACACACACAUGUAUGUACAUACAUACAUAUGUACAUACAGAGCUAAGGACAGCACCUAAAAGGAAACUGUCAUUUUCCAAGGUAGUAGCAUAACAGACUCAUGAGGACAAGGCUGUUCUUCCUGGCUGGCACUGUUGAAGAAGGAUAUACGAAAUAGCUACAGACUAUCAGGAUGCAGCCAUAGUUGUAUGUAUGUCAACAAAGUACCCCAUUGCUGUGGUUAUUGUAUCCACUUUGUGCAUCUUGAACUGUCAUGCAUCCUUUUUGACAGAGAUUUGUCAAUGUCGUCAUAUUUGUGUUGACAGAUUACUGUUUAUUACUGUCUGGAGCAAAAGAAAUGAAAUGGUCUCUCAGAUACUUGUUUACAUCUGCUUCCCGCCUGUCGUGAUUUUGUGGGCCUGCUGAGUACAAAUACAUCAGAGCUUGGAAAUGAUUCCGUUAAAAAUUGCUCUAUAAUGUCAAUUCAAUAAAGUUUUCAACAAUUGAUUUUAAAAUUCAUUAUUUUACUUGUUACACAUUAGUGGUGAGACUUUUUGCACAACAGUCAAGGUUUCAUGGUUUUAAUAUUUCAGGGCAGUUGUUUGGGAUGGAACAUUUUUGGUAUAUUUAGUAAUUUUUAAUUAGUCUCCUUUUGAAAAGGUUAGUAACAAGUUAAAAAUAAUGAAUUUUCUUAACAUUUUA